AAGGGAAAGCUUCAAAUGCUCUGUCUCUUCCACUUCUCUCCACAAGAAAAGCAGCAACCUUAAUUCCUUAAGCUUUACCAAACUCAAAAACCCUCCAUCCAUUUCAAUUUCUACCCUUUUAUUUUUGUAUAUUUUCCUCAAUUUCUACCCUAAUUUUUCGGAUUUUCAUGUUCUUCUCCAAUUGCUCUGGAGCACAAUCAUUACGGUAAAUUCAAUUUCAAUCAAUUUCUUUACUCUUUUUUUUUUAAAAAAAAUAUUUAGAUUAGAUUGAAUUUCUCUAAUGGGUACCUUAGUUUUCUUACCAAAGUACAAAAAUUACAUCAUUUUCUUGAACAUCUCGUUUCUGUUAGUGGGAUGCGCUUUCUUGGUCGUACAUUCCUAUGCUCCAGAUUUUCUGGUUCUAAGCACUUCUGAGAUAAGCACUUCUGGGGUUUCCAGAUUUUCUGGUUCACUAGAUUGCAAGGGUUUUCUUAGUUUAGAUGACUACAAAGCAAAGUGCUUUUACCUUAAAUCCAACAACCCAUGUGUCUCCCAAGGCUACAUAAACUAUCUUAACAUUUUCUACUGCAAUUUUGGAACUUUUCCUCAAUUGGGUUAUUGCUGUAUGUUUCUUUGGCUUCUGGUUUUGUUCUAUGUGUUGGGGAACACAGCUUCUGAGUACUUUUGCUCUUCACUUGAUAGUUUGUCUAGGUUGUUAAAAUUGUCCCCUACAAUUGCUGGGGUAACCCUGCUUUCUCUUGGCAAUGGAGCCCCUGAUGUGUUUUCCAGUCUUGUUUCGUUUAUGGGUGGCGGGACGGGUGAAAUUGGUCUUAAUACAGUUUUGGGCGGUGCUUCCUUUGUGUCGUGUGCUGUGGUUGGAAUCUUAAGCAUUUCAAUGCGCAAAAGGCGCAUUCGAGUUCACAAAGCGGACUUUGUGAGAGAUAUUUGCUUCUACCUUUUGGUCAUUGUAUGUUUGGGUGUUAUCUUGAUUCACAAGGAAAUAGAUGUGUGGGCUGCAAUGGCUUUCUCUUCGCUCUAUAUUGCUUAUGUAAUUGUGGUUUACGUCUCACACAAGCAUUGGAAGAAAAGCGUAGAAUUGAGCUGUAAUUCGAGCAAUGAGAGUGACUUGACUGUGCCAAUUCUAAGCAGCAUUGAAGAGGAAGAUCUCAGUGCUGCAGAGGAAGGAGCUGCACAAGGCAGUUCUGAAGUAGUAGAAGUCAAGAAAUGCUGCUCUAAUCUUAGAUCAUCAGUUUUUAUUCGCACGCUGAUUUUCAUACUUGAGCUGCCGCUUUAUCUGCCUAGGAGAUUGACUAUUCCUGUUGUUUGUGAAGAAAGAUGGUGUAAGCCAUAUGUAGUUGCUUCAGUGACACUAGCACCAGUGCUUUUGUCAACACUUUGGAACCAUCAAUUUGGAAAUUUUAGCUUCAAGACAAAGCUUGCCAUCUAUAUUAUCGGUUUGAUUUUUGGAAUCACUUUUGGGAUUGUUGCUUUUUUGACAACUGAGAAGUCAAGCCCACCAAAAAAGUGCUUAUUUCCUUGGCUUGCCGCAGGGUUUGUAAUGAGUGUUACUUGGAGUUACCUUACAGCUCAAGAAUUGGUAGGGUUGUUAGUUUCAAUAGGGUACAUAUCAGGUGUGAGUCCUUCAAUAUUAGGGCUGACAGUCCUUGCUUGGGGCAACUCACUUGGGGACUUGAUUACAAAUUUGACAAUGGCUUUGAAUGGUGGAGCAGAAGGAGCUCAGAUUGCAUUUUCAGCAUGUUAUGCUGGUCCUAUCUUCAACACUCUGUUUGGAUUAGGGUUAUCGCUUGUUGGCUCAGCUUGGUCUAAAUUUCCGUCACCUGUUUUGAUCCAGAGUGAUGCAUACCUCUUGGAGACCGUUGGUUUCUUGGUUGGCGGCUUGCUUUGGGCACUCGUGGUUCUACCCAGGAGAGGUAUGAGGCUUGAUGGGGUGUUGGGAGGUGGGCUUUUGGUUGCGUACAUCGGUUCCAUGUCUUUAAGGUUGAUUCAAACACUUUGGUAGUAUGAGUUAAUCCUGUAAACUUUUAACUAGUUAAUGUAAAUAUAGUUACUUACAAGCUUUGUGUUGUGUGGUUGAGACACUAAGUUAAUUGCAGCUUUUGUUUAGCUUGAUUUGAGGUGGUAAGUGUAGUUGACAAGCCUUUAAUUAGUGAAAAGAAAUGUGUACGUUGAA